GUGACACACAGCACGCCGCCACCAACCAUUCACAACAGCACACGCCGCCACCAACCCAACACACACCGUUACACAAACACGUACACAAGAUAGAAAGACGAACUAUGGCGCAGAGCACGGACGACCGACUGCGGGUGAAGGAUGUGCGCAAGUUUCGGCUGGGAAAGCCGUCGCAUGACCCGUUCAAGGGCAACCACAACGAGCCGGGCGUGUGGGAAUGGGUGAAGAUGUGCGUGCUGAGCAUUGUGCUCAUCCCGCUGCGUCUGCUCCUCUUCGUACUGUGCCUGGGCCUGCUCAACUUGUACCUGUGGCUGUGUGGCCUGGGCCACAACCUCAAGUACGACGGCGAGGACCAGGUGCCGCAGUCACUGCUUUCCUACACCAAGCCAGCUGUUCAGUUCUGUUCCCGUGCCCUCAUCUCCUUCCUCGGCUGCUACCACGUCCCCGUCAAAGGAAAGCCAGCAGACGCGCACGAGGUUCCCAUUGUGGUGAUGAACCACAUUAGCUACUACGAGGCCUUCUUCAGCCUUGCACUUGGCUUUGUGCACAUUGGCAAGAAGGAUGCAUGUCAGGUGCUGCCCUUCCGCCUCCCGGCCACCUUCACCCAGAUCAUCCAAGUUGAGCGCGACAGCAAGUCGUCCAACCAGCGAUCGCGAGAGAAGAUCUCAACCUGGCUGAGCAAGCGCAAUGAGAAGAACUUUGUUCAGUUCGCCUGCUACCCUGAAGGCACGACGACGACUGGUGAAGGCCUCAUUCGCUUCAAGACGGGCGCAUUUACGCCAGGCCUUCCUGUCCAACCGCUUGUUUUCAAGAUGUCGUACACCUUCUUUGACCCGAGCCACACCUUUGAUGCCAAGCACUGGUACCUGCGCCUCUUCUGUCAACUCGUCAACUUCCUUGAGGCCGAGUACCUUCCUCCGUAUUAUCCCAACGAGGAGGAGAAGAAGAACCCAAAGCUGUUUGCCCUCAACGUGCGCGAGUACAUGUGCUCGCACUCCAACCUCCACCUCUCAGAGUUCAGCAACCACGACGUCAUGCUCCAGUACACGGCAGAGAAGUGCGGGGCUGAUCCGUCCAAGUUUGGUGUCGAAUGGGGGAUGUUUGAUGUCAACUUUGGCCUCCAUCUGCAGGAUGCGCGCGCUCUCGUGAAACAUUUCGCGCCAAUUGCGCAGAAGCACACGGGCGCCCUGACACGCACCCUCUUCAAGGACGUUGUAUCGCACGGACUGCAGGACGCCGCGCCGCAACUCUUUGACUUUUUCGACCAAGAUGGUGAUGGCAUCAUUUCAUUCCGUGAUUUCCUCUGGUCCGCGUGUGUUCUCCGCCAAGAAUGCGACGUCUCCUUUGACCAGUUGACUGGGAAAGAGGACGUACAUGAGCACCAGAUCGAGGAAGCAACAGAGCUCGUCGCGGAAAACCUGAAACAUCAGCGCACACUCGGCAACCUGUGA